AUGGUCCUCACCUCCAAACGGAUCACCCAACCAACUGCUUCUCUGGGACAUUUUUGCCCCCCUCUUCUGCUUCAACCACAACAUGCAGCUUUCAAGGCCCUCAACUGGAGCCCCCAUCAGAACAGCCUCCUUGCCUCCAGCGGUGGCUCAACUGGCAAGAAGAUCCGCUUCUGGAUCAGCGGUAACCUUGAUCCCUGUGCCAAAUUUGUCCUCAACUAUGUGAUUUUUUUUGGCAAUCAGUCCUCCCUCCGGGCAUCAGGCAAGGAUAUUGGCCUUUUGCCAAUCUCAGAAGCCAGUUCACUGCGCCGCAGAACCCAAUGGUUCAAGCCCAAGUGGAGCCAGAACCCGGCUAUCCACAGCAAGUUAGAAGAUGCCAAGAGUGAGCUUGGCCUCUCGGGUGUGACCAGGAUCAUGCGGAUACCCUGCUGCUAG